GGGAAGUGUCACUCCACAACCUCCGUAGACUCUCCCACAUCAACUACAAUGAAGUUUCAGAUACUUUUGUGCCUUUGGAUGGCUCUCCUAACCGCUACCACGAUCGCCUUCCUUCAAGAAGGACUCAGGGACCAGAUGGUCACCUAUCUGCGGGCAGAUGAACCCUUCAUCGAAGACGGGAACAGGAUGCACGGGAUGCUCGACGACCUCGAGCGGAUUCAGAUCUUUUGCACGCGCCCCAGCAAGCUGCGCCUCGGGAACAUCUUCCAGACCAACAGACUGCACCUCCAGAUGUCCCCGGGCGGAGCGUUCAGGCAGUAUAUGGCGGACACCGUGCGCAGCAUCUACGAGGCCCACCGCCUGGCCACCCAGAGCCCCGACGGGAAGGGGCUCACCAAGUUCGACCAGAAGCACAAGUACAUCCCGCUGAACGCCCACGUGCACACCUGCUACGGCAUCAACACGGAGCAGCGCUUCGCCCUCAUCCUGGAGGAGACCAGCUGCGAUCUGGAGCGCCUCGUCCAGUUCGCCCUUGGGGUGGCGCUCUGGUUCGGUGCCCCCUUCCUGGCCAACUCGCUGAUUUGCCUGUACUGCACCGCGGCGGCCCUGGGAGCCCACGUGGCCAGUAUCUGUGUGAUAUUCGUGUCCCUGUACGCGAGCAGCCAGGACCUCUUUCGGGAGGACGUGGGCUCGCUGAGGGCGUACUUCAAGCUGGUGCUCGAAGAGCGUCCGCUGGUGGUGGCCCUGGCGCUGGUGGCCGGGGCGUGGCUGUUCCAGUGCGGAUGCAAGAAGUACGAGUGGCUGUGGAGCUACGAGUUCGCCCACAAGCUGCACCAGCGGCUGCUGAAGGCGCUCGCCUACUGGCUGAUCCUGGCUGCCUCCGACCACAAGGGCUUCGGAUGGGUCUGCGUCUGCCUGAUCUUUCCCUUUCCGGAGCUGUGGCGGCUGCUGCGGAGGUUGAGGGCCAAGUGCGUGCUCCUCCGCCGCCGCGUCCUGCCGCCCCACGUCCGGCUGUUCCUCAGCGAGGAGGAGUACCAGGCCCAGGCCGCCUUCGAGACCCAGCAAGCCCUCGCUGGGAUGCGCGACCGUCUGCACCAGGAGCCGCCCACGUGGCAGCAGAUGUCGCAGCUGCACCAGCCCCAGAAGUUCGCCAACUUUCUGAACGGGGAGAGUCAUCUGGCAAUGCGCCCCAAUCGCUGUAAGGUGCCCGUGGGACACAACACCUUCGGCCCUGGGGGCCAUCGCCAGGAUCUGCGUGAGCCCGUGGAGGAGAGGUGUGAGUGCUGCUCCAUAAGGAAUCUAUUGAUGAGUUCCUCUGUGUGGAGGGUCCUGCCAUUCCAGCCCUCUGAGGCCUCUUUCAGUACUAUUUACCGGAAUUCCGAGUACAAGGACUCUGAGGAGCAGGACUACUUCAGCUAGGAUUCUGCAAAGGACUCAUGUUUCAUGUCUUAUAUUUUUUAUUUCUUGUAUUUUUGUUUUGAAACUCUUCUUUCUGGAGCUAAAAUACAUAAAAAUUGUUAGUUUUUACUUUGA